AUGGCAUGUUCAACCCAUGGUGAAAUGAUAGACCACUCUGAAGCCGCCCAAAGUCGCCUUGUCGCCCAUGGGACCGUCAACGCGUUAAUGUGCGCUUUUCAAAUGUGUCUGUCUGAAAGGUCAAACUUCCAUCCAGUGAUGGCGAUUAUGAUAUUGAAAGUGCAGACCAAUGAAAAGCCUUCCACGUUCGAAUUCCCAAUUCUAUUACUUCAUUCCAUUGUUCACAUUGAACGUUGGAUAUUUGAACUCGAGAUAGGUGCCUGUGCACUCCUGCGGAAUAGCACUGGACUGCCUAGAAAAAGAGUGAACGUUGUUAACUGCUUGUUUCCUGGAAAUAAUAUGUAUGCAAAAUGCGCCCACGGUGGCAGAUGUGAAAUACCAGGAGUGUUCGCGAUGGUGAACGGCCGACAGGCUUCCAUAUGGAAGCCACCCGUAAAAUAUCAUCGCAGUCUUGCAACUAGAAAUCAAAGAAUGUUCACUGUUGGCACUUAUUUCACAGCAGACGAGAUAGCAGUUGGGAAAUAA